AUGGCAGCACCAGAAGCGCAGCAGACGCCCAGUCCCACAGUCAUGAGGCGCUAUGUCCUCGAGAGCACCGACUCUCUUGACGGGCUGGUCUUGGAGCAGGACGCAAAACUGCCAGACAUUACGUCGCCGACGCAGAUCCGUAUUAGGAUCAAGGCCAUCUCGCUCAACGCGCGCGACAUUCAGAUUGCCACGGGACAGUAUCCCCCGCACUCGGUGCCCAAAGGCCUUGUCCCCGUUUCCGACGGCUGCGGUGUCGUCGAGUCGGUCGGCGCUCAGGUCACGCAUUUCAAGGUCGGCGAUCACGUAGCGCCCGUGUUCCCACAGGGCCACCACUGGGAGGAACACCUCACGCUCAAGUCUCUCCGCCGUGGCCUGGGCGGCGGCAUCGAUGGUGUCGCUGCAGAGUACUUUGUCUGCGACGAGGAAGAGGCCGUCCGCAUCCCAUCCAACUUUUCAUACCUCGAAGGCGCGACUCUCCCCAUUGCGUUCGGGACUGCUUGGUCGUCCCUGUAUGGCCAUCAGCCAAAGCUGCAAGCCGGCGAGACGGUGCUCUGCUUGGGUACAGGCGGCGUGUCCCUCUGCGCCGCCCAGCUCGCGCUCGGCGCUGGGGCACGCGUGAUCCUCACGUCCAGCAGCCUGGAUAAGCUCGACAAGGCCGAGAGGCUGCUUCGGCCGCUGGCGAGCCCUGGCGCUCCCAAGAAUGUCAUUCAGACAAUCGACUAUUCUCUCAUCAAGGACUGGGACGAGGAGGUGCGGCGCAUGACGCAUGGAAAAGGAGUGGACUUCGUUAUUGAGAUUGGAGGCAGGGGCACGUUGGGGAGGAGUAUUAGGAGUACACGCGCAGGAGGGUUGGUGGCUGUUUCCGGGUACAUGAGCGUGUACAAGACCAUCCCCCGUGAGAUCCUCGAAGAAGACAUUGCCCAGACAAUCCUGUACUCUGCCGCCAACGUCCGCGGAGUGUUCUGUUGUAACCGCGAGAUGCUCAAGGCUUGUGUCUCGGCGCUCGAGGUUGGUGGGGCUAAACCUGUCGUUGGCAAGACGUUCAAGUUUGACCAGCUCUGCGAAGCAUACAAGUACCUCGAGGCGGGCAAGCACAUGGGCAAGGUGUGCAUCGAGCUCGAAUAA